AUGAAUAGGUGUUUAAAUCAAGUUCAAUCUAUAAUGAACUGCUUCUCGUCAACAAUUCAACGUCAAAAUGAAAUGAUUUAUGUAUUAAAAACUGCAUUAAAUGAAGUUCUUGAAAUUACUAAAAUUACCAAUCAAGCUUUAUGUCUAUUAAUGGAUAAAACUGGAGAACAUCAAUUUAAAGAUAUGAUUAAGCAGAUAUCUGUUAUACCUUUGGAUGAAAGACAAGCAUCAAUUAAUAAAUUUUUCUCGGCUUAUUAUUCACCAUUAAUUGAUGAAAUUACAAUGAAGAUUAUGGAUGCAACGGAAAAUCUGCAAAUCCAUAAUGGAUAA